GAAGUUUGAGGGAACAUAUUUAUUUCGUUUCAUCGUGUUUGUUAAUCAUUCAGACGACGCGGUAAACACGUUCUAAUGAGUGAAUUCAAUCGAACGCUGUAUCAAUGUAGCAUCGAAAAUGGUGUGCACAGCGAACUCUGAUGGCAUGAUUUUGUAGAUUUAUGUGGGGUUAACGAAAGGUAUGGAGUCCCAGGGACGUUUUGAUAACGAAAGCCAAUCGGUUUUGAGGGACAAACUGUUUUGACGGUGUUGGAGUAACCGAGAUAACUAAGUAGUAUCAGAGCAGCCCUUUGAAGUGCAGUGGAGACAUUUGCUUGUUGAUAACAUGACAUUGGCUAUCAAAAUCGGAGCGACUGUUUUACUUCUUUGUCUGGUUUUUAUUUUAACAACCCUGCAACAGGAUCUUGAGGCCAUUCAAGAAAAAUUAAAAGAGUUCUGUCUCAAGAACCCACAAAACUACAUUAAAGAUCCAGGUGUUGUUAAGUGCAAAAUACUUUAUGAUGCCGCUUGUUGGAAGGAGACCCCAGCAGGUCAAACAGCCGUACAACCGUGUCCUUUUCUGCUGUUUUCGACAAAAGAUAAUAUUUCUCGCCGAUGUGAUAAGGAGGGUAACUGGCAAGAGAUGAACAUUACACAAUGCCACAGACUUACCCCCCAGGAAGCAGCUGAUAAAGGAAGACAAUUGUCUAACACACCGACGAAGAAACAGGACGACUCUCUUACUCAUGCCCAGCGUGUGCAGCGGGUUUACAUCGCUUUUUCUUGGAUCGAGUUUUUCGUCCUGCUACCUACAUUCAUACUCAUCUGUAUUGUCAUGGGCCGUGAAAAUGAUCGAUUCACCUUGCACAAGCACCUUAUCUUGGCAUUUAUUCUUCGCAUCGUCACUUUGUUCAUUUAUUACUAUGGGAAAAUGGGAGUGACAGACUCGAACAUGGCCGUUUGCAAUGCAUUCUGGUUAUUGAACCGCUACUUUGCAGCUUCGGAGAUAACGUGGAUGCUCAAUGAAGGGGUUUUUCUACGACGCAUGCUCGCGUAUCCCUUUGAUAGCGAGUCAUAUAUAUGGUACUAUUACGUCUUCGGUUGGGGUUUUUCUGGUUUUCUGACGUUCUGUGUGUACCUUCCAUACAUGCAGUUUAAGAUUUCAAGAGUUUUCUCAAGUUGUUGGGUGCGACACAGUCAGUCAGAGCACAUGCUAGUGUUGUAUGUCCCACUAUCCAUCAUGCUGCUGAUCAACUUUGGAGUUGCGGUCUACGUAAUUCGAAUGCUCACUCAAAAGCUCAAGAACUCCCAUUCAUCACAAAUGAAUGCUAUCAAGAAAAGCUCCAAGGCGCUGGUGGUUCUGGUAUCGCUCCUGGGAGUGACCUACCUUCUUGUUUUCUAUCAGCCAAUGAACAAUCCCUCUUAUGACUAUUUUGUCGCUAUUGUCUAUCCUUUCCAGGGAAUCAUGGUUUGCAUAUUUUGUGUUUUCCUGAGUGAGGAGUUUCGUGAGGCGCUCAAACGACGCUGGAUGAAAUGGAGAUAUGGAAUCCUUAUAGAAACGAAUCCGUAUUCUGCAAACGCGGGAAAUGAAGAGGAGGCUGGCCCAUCUUGUGAACCUGAAAGAACAAGAAGUACAACGAGAAAAGAGUCUUUAGUGGACGUACCUCCUAGAGCCCUUUCAGUUACAUCCUUGCGAAGCCAAUCAAGUGACCAGCUUACGGAUGAACAACCACGUAAGAAAAGUGCAGAGAGAUCUUUAUUGUCUCGCUCAAGUGAUCUCACAAAAUUUCGCCUUGCCAAGGUCGAGCCCGAGCCCGUGGUGCCUAUAAGGAUACAGUCAGCAGGUCCAAGGGACUGGUGCCCACCAACGCUUCAAGCCGUCAAGGCCUGGACAGAUCCCAAGACUUAUGAGAAACCUGACGAAUCAGAUCCGGGUCAUUCAAACGAGGGUUUCUACGGAAGUGAAGUUUCCCUCAGAAGCAAGGCUUCUUUUGAACCUUCAAACCCAGCUCCAACAGAAACAAAGGAAUCCGAGGAAGCUGAACAGAUUGACCAACCUGACGAUGCUACACAGGGUGACCCAACAAAAGUUUCAGCGCCACAGCAAUCAGAAGACCAGUUUUUCGUAACUUUGAGUCAGGAAUUCGAUAAUGACUCUCUAGCCUCGAUGACCCCACCAGAAAUGGAGCCUGGCCCGGAGAAUCAAACGCUGACAGCCACAGCAGGCGCAAGCGUCUCUCAAGAUGGUCCACCGUCAACAAGCAAAGAAGAAUCAAAUGAUUGUGUUCAAGAAAUGACUUUUUGGAAUAAAGCACGACAACUGGCUUCUGGAAGAAGGAGAUCGCGGAUUGAACAUAACAGAGUGACAUCUACAGAGAGUGGUACGUUUGAGUUCCAUUCAUCGCACGCGGAUAGAUUUAAACAAGCUGAGGAAUACCGCUUAGCGUGGAUCUCAAAUAUUCUUCAAGGGAAUAAAACACGCGAGGAUGAAAGUGAUGUUUAAGCGUUAUGUGCAAGAAACCACCCUCCUUUGAUUAAAGCGUGAUAGCGUGGCAGCGUAACAGUGUAACAGUGUGACAGUAUCACGAAGCAAGAGUGUUUAAGCGUGCUACAAAAUGGAUUCGUUCCAUUCUCGGAACGGAAAUCCUCUGAAGGAGUUUAGGACCUUCGUUUUCUAAUCAGACACAUCGAAAAAUCUGUAUACACGAGUAAUGAACGAAAAUAAUUAUUAAUCAUCUGUCAAUUUUAACAAAGCGUUAUUUAAUUCUCCCUGUUUUAUCAGUCAAAUUGUUGUCUUACAUUUAGAGCUGAAGGUAUCCAUUUUUAAUACAAUUGCACUGUUUUUCUCAAGAGUUUGGAGUCACUGUGUUUCGCACAGGAGUGUUUGUGUGAAUUGUUAUGCUGUGACAUGAGGAAACAUAGAAAAUGCUUUGGAAUAUUAUAACGGCUUUUGAUUGAGUGUCGAAAGUAUUACAGUACUGCAUUGGCUUUCCUUCACUUCACUUCAAUUUGUGAUUGUUUAAAAAAAAAAUCGCACCACCCUCCUAACCAAUCAGAUGAUGCUAUAUUAAAUCAAGUGGGAGUCUGUUACGUGCUUUUUCCCGCUCUUGACACCAAGCGCGUGGACGUCACUUUGGCUUACAAAAUCACGGCACUCAUUCAAAUGUCGCUCUAUGAAAUCAGAUUGAAUAUAUUAAAAGUAAGAGAGCAAUACUCCUAGAAGCUUUAUGCUCUGCAAUUUUUGUUGUGGGAGAAAUGUGUGUCUUACAUACAAUCAAAAGAGUUCAAAAUUAUAAUGGCACCCCGAAGGUAGAUAUCUAUAUACAGUAAAUAAAGAAAUAUAUCACAAACGUCAA